AUGCGCGUUGCAGUUGUUGGCGGCGGUCCCUCCGGACUUGUGGUGCUCAAGUACUUGACGACUGUACACAAUUUCCAGCCUGUGGAUCCAAUCGAGGCUCAACUCUUUGAGGCGGAAGACAGUGUUGGUGGUACUUUUACAUACCGCACCUAUGAAGAUGCUGAGCUUGUGUCAUCGACAGAACUGACAGCCUUCUCCGAUUUCCGCUGUAACGGUGGCCCAGACUAUCUGCCUGCGUUGUCGUACAUCAAGUAUCUGAACGACUACUGCACACGCUUCAAUCUUUGGCCCCAUAUCAAACUAUCCACUUGCGUGACCCGCGUUCAACGACGUCAAGGAGGCGGUCAUACUGUCACAUUCACUUCCAAAGAUGGUGAGACCGGUCUGUGGGAGUGUGAUGCGGUUGCCAUCUGCUCCGGACUACACGUGAGGCCCAACAUCCCAGAUAUCGAUGGUCUCGAGAACGUACCCGUUAUUUUCCACUCUUCUAAAUACAAGAAAAGGGAGCAGCUGGGAAAUGGCAAUGUGUUGAUAUUGGGGACUGGGGAGACUGCGAUGGACAUUGCCUAUUUUUCCGUCACCUCCGACAAGACAAAAUCUACAACCAUCAGCCACAGAGAUGGUUUUGUGAUAGCCACCAAGAGGACCCCUGGAGUGACCCUAUUCGGUAGAGGAGGUUCAGGCUUAAAGGACAAUGGUGUCCCAAGUGACGUUAGCACGCCCACCUUGUUCGCGCUCUCCUGCAUCCAUCCAAGAGUUAGGAAUUCCGAUUAUUGGAAUGUGAUCCAGAAAGCCGUUGUCAAGACAGUAUGGUGGUUGAUGACUGGGACAACCUUGGGUUACAAUCAAUGGGUCGGGACACUUCCUGACCAAGACUUUGGAAAAUUCCGCUUCUUCUACACCAAAUCGAGCAGGGCUAUGCCCUACAUCAGUGCCCCCUAUCGGUCGAGAAAUAUGCUGCAGCGAAUUCGAUCUGCUAUCAUCGAGUCCCCGGUGCCUGAUACCGCUGGCAAGAGGAUCGAUCUGGCUCCGUGGCCGGAAUAUAUUGAUCCCAAGGGAGUCGUACAUUUCAGAAGGACUAACCGCCCGGAAUCCAAGAUGUUCGAAAAUAGUUCGUACAAGCCUGAUGUGGUUGUUCUUGCGACCGGGUACACCCAACAGUUCCCUUUCAUUGAUGACAGUUACCCCCUGCCGGACGAGGCCGACGUGCGCGGUAUCUGGAAGACUGGAGAUGAGACAGUGGGGUUCAUUGGCUUUGUCAGACCAAGUUUUGGUGCAAUCCCACCCCUUGCUGAGAUGCAAUCCCAGCUUUGGGUGCUCUCAUUGAUCAACAAAAUCCCGAAGCCACUCGGACCCGCACGGAAUUACCUUCUUGAGAAUAAUCCUAGCUGCCGUAUCCAGUACGGUGUAGAGCAUGAUGCGUAUGCUUACCAACUUGCGUGUGAUGUUGGCGGAGCGGCAUCAUUCCUAGAGGCGCUCUCUCGCGGCUGGAGAGUCUGGGUGGUUUGGGCCCUUGGAGCCUGUCCAAAUACAAAGUUUCGCUUGGUCGGUCCCUGGAAAUGGGGAGGCGCCGAAGAGGUUAUCAAGACGGAACUCUUUGCGACUGUCAAACGACGAGGGAAUAUUUUCGGACGAAUCUUGGAAUUGGUCGUUCUGUUUGUGAUGACUGUCCCGGCGACCCUGUUGCUCUACCUUACGGAUGGAAUAUCUGUUAUCUGCGAGGGUGUGAAGUCGCUCAGUACAUGA